GAAUCAAGAAAAUCUGGGAAACCUCCGUUGCUGCUAGUAAUGGCCGUGUAUUGUCAACCCAUUUUUAACUCCCAAGCCAGAACAACACAGACUUCUGCAUAACUUGGUUGCUGACUAGACGAUUUCCUGCAAGAAAGCUGGUUCUGGGCUUGCCCUAUCAUGGCUAUGCUUGGCAGCUUCAGGAUUCGAGCGCCGAUGCCAUUGGCCAUCCAGCAGUGGGGCAUGCUGUGACGGCGGAUGGGUCAUUUGGAUACAAGGCUAUAAAAUCUUAUGUCCGAGAUUCUGGUUAUGGAGCCAGUCCUGUUUAUGAUGGUACAUAUGCGGUGAAUCUUUUCAGAAAGGGAUCGGUAUGGAUCAAUUUCGAUGAUGUGGAGGCCAUCCGAGCCAAAGUAACUUAUGCCAAGGAAAAGGGGCUCCUUGGUUACAGUGUGUUUCAGGUUGGCAAUGAUCAGAACUGGGUCCUUUCUCGGACAGCUCAAGAGGCCAGUGAAGAUCAGCAACACAGGCGAUGGUUCUGGCUUGUUAUGCUUAUUUCGAUUGCUGUAAUUGUUCUCCUUAUAUUUGGCCCGAUAUGCUACUUACAGAGGAGAACAUUGAAAUCAAAAGGUAUUUCGGGUGUAAUAAAAGGAUUUAGUAGCCGAUUAAAGACUAUGGUGUGUAAAGUUGAAAGUCUUGAGAGUGGUACUCGUAGUCUGCGAACAUUUGGUUAUGCUACCCUCAAAGCAGCAACUGAUGACUUCUCAAGUGAAAAUAAGCUUGGAGAGGGUGGAUUUGGACCUGUUUACAAGGGCAAGUUGCCCAAAGGACAGUACAUUGCAGUGAAGAGACUUUCGAAAACUUCAAACCAAGGGCUCGAGGAGUUCGAGAACGAAGUUAUGCUCACUGCCAGCCUGCAACAUGUCAACCUCGUUCGCCUAAUUGGAUUUUGUACCAACAGGGAAGAAAAGAUGCUGAUCUAUGAGUACAUGCCAAAUAAGAGCUUGGACUUCUACCUAUUUGAUCCAAUAAGAAAAUAUUCGCUGGAUUGGGUGAGACGUGUUCAUAUCAUAGAAGGCAUUACACAGGGGCUUCUUUAUCUCCAAGAAUACUCAAAUUUCACAAUAAUUCAUCGAGACUUGAAAGCCAGUAACGUUCUGCUGGAUGAUCAAAUGAACCCCAAGAUAUCAGAUUUUGGUUUGGCGAGAAUAUUCAGGAAGGAUGACCUUGAGGCAAAUACCAGCCGAAUUGUUGGGACUUACGGGUACAUUCCUCCAGAAUACGUGAGGAAAGGCAUAUACUCAAUGAAGUACGAUGUCUACAGCUUCGGGGUACUGCUGUUGCAAAUCAUCAGCAGUAGAAGGACUUCAUGUUACUAUGGCUUAAAUGAAAAUCUGAAUCUUCUCGAAUAUGCAUAUGAGCAGUGGAAAGACGAUAAAUGCAUGGAGUUCAUUGAACCGUCUCUGGAUGACUCUUCAUCAUCCUGUAAGCUCUUAAGAUGCAUGCAAGUGGCUCUUCUAUGCGUGCAAGAGAAGCCUGGGGACAGACCCUCCAUGUUGGAAGUCUCUUCAAUGCUCAAGAAUGAAUCUUCAGCUGUGAACUUCCCCAAGAAGCCUGCAUUUUCAAUUACCGAGGAUGAAGAUGAGGAUGACAAGUGCUUGCUCAAGGAAGCAAUUCAUUCAGUCAAUGAUGUAUCAAUUUCUGAAUUGUUUCCUCGCUGAUUGGACAUUGCAUAAAUCCAAUGCUUUGAAUACUAAUACCAUAGAAUAUUUGGUCAACUUAUUGGGUUGCCUAGUACUUCGUUUGUCCCGGUGGCAUUUUUUUUCCCAAUUAAUUGUAAUUUUUUUUUUACAAUUGUAUAUGUUUUUACAAUUUAGAGGCAGUUCAAGUUAGGAGUGAUUGAUUUCUGAUUCA